CUACGCUGUGAACUUGUGAAGCCGAAGCUAGAGUUCUCUGAGGAUCACGCGGCUACGUUUUAUUUUAUGGUCACCUCACGAACCGAUGACGUGGUGACUUACCAUAAAUAAACUCAGCUAAAUAAUGGUGUAUAAUUUAAAGUUCUAACUGUCCUACUCAAAAACUCUACGAUGGGAAUGGAAAGAAAUAUCUCGGGGGCAAAGUCAGAGUACCUCUACCCCCCCGAGCUUCUGCAGAGGUUGGAUUUUAGUAAAAGCCCUGCCACAUUCAAGCCAAAAAUAAGCGCAGCACAGCCAGGUGAGGACUGGAUGGUUGUGAGACCCCUUCAGCGGUCGGAUUACGACAAAGGAUUCCUGCAGUUGCUGAGCCAACUUACAAGCGUUGGGAAUGUCACACAAAAACAAUUUGAUGAGCGCUUCACGCAAAUGAAACAGUCGGGCGGCUACUACGUGACCGUCAUAGAGGACACCCGCACGAAGAAGUUGAUCGGCGCCGCCACGCUCACCGUGGAACAGAAGUUCAUUCACAACUGCUCUUUGCGCGGGCGACUAGAGGAUGUGGUGGUGAAUGAUACGUACAGAGGAAAGCAGUUGGGAAAACUGAUCGUAGUGACAGUAUCCCUCCUAGCGCAAGAGGUCGGCUGCUACAAGAUGUCCCUCGACUGCAAGGACAAGCUAAUCAAGUUCUAUGAGACCCUCGGCUAUAGGAUGGAGCCUGGCAACUCUAACGCUAUGAACAUGAGGUUCGAGGAUCCCUCCUGACAAUUAGCCGCCGGGACGUCCGACCUGCGCUCUAAACUGUAAGUCCCGCGCGCCGAGCAGUCUUCGCAACCCCACGUCAUUACCCCACAGCACUACGCCAUAGCACCCCGCGUUCUAUACGUAUGCAUAGUACGCACGCGACUUAAUAAGUUACCAGUGUUUCCUAUUAGUGUUGAAUAAAACGUAGUCUGAUGGUCGUAAACAUCCUUUUCUGAUAAGUGGAUGAUGAAAGUUUUAAUAUUUUCCACGUUUUUAAGUGUAUACCAAUGACAGAAAAUAGAUCAAUUACGGUGCUAAACAGCUAGGUUUGCUAAAGGUUGUUUCGUGUCUCAUAAUUGUUUCUAAAAUACAUUGUUUCAUUUCAUCCACAUAAUCUUUACAUAUUUGUUUAUAAGAAAAAAGUUUUUGUCAUUAACAGGUAGUUUGUUUUUCUGACCUGUUUAUAAAUUCAUUUAUCACAUAACUUAUUAAACAUGCACCCUUUUCACCCGAUCGUAUUAAGCCGCUUGUGUAUGAAAAAUACUUUUUGAAAUGUCAGUCAAAAGGGUCUGUUAUCCUGGUGUUUUCUUUAGCGAUAAUCCCAUGAUUUCUACAUCAUUUUCACCAAACUAUCCGCAAAUCAAAUUGACAACCGCAGUCAUAUUACUAUCUCUUUCACUCUUGCUACUACCAUGCAAGUGUGAAUGAGAAGUAUUACGACCCUGGUCAUCAGUUUGGUUUGCUAGUAUAGUGGUAAAAUCAAAGAAGAAUCGCCGAACAAAAACACCAGAUUGAAAAAGUUUUGAGUGUUAAAAUUUAGGCUGCAUUCCACCCAUUUUUCUGCUUGAGCUGUUGUGAUUUCUGCUUGGUUGCCGUGUUUACAGUGCAGGGUCAAUUGUUCUAUCCAUCAACAGCGUAUUUUCACUUUGAUUGCUGCUCGAAUUUGAGCUUUACCUAGUACAAAAUAAGGUGCAUGACUGCCACCAAACGAAAGGUAUUUUUUUGGUUGGUUUUGUGAAAAUUCGCGCUUGAUGGGGUGUGCGAUUGAUUUUGGAUGUCCUAGCAUAUAAUUUUGUUUUAUUAGUGUAAGCUUUAUAUAUCCGCUAGCGAGUGCUUGUUAUUUCACCGUAGUUUCAUUGUCAUUAUUUAGAAAUUGUGACUUUAAAAUUUGCUGGUUACUUUCGGAAACUAACUUAAGCAAAAUCUACGCUUUGUCCGUAGAAAGUUCAUUAUUCGAUUUAUUAAGGUCUAAUGUAUAUUUUAGUACUUAUUACUAUUAACUCUUUUUUUUAACUUGAGAGGUGAAAGUAACCAGCAAGCAAUACUCGCACGGUUAUAUUGUGUUCAUUCCAUAGAUUCGUUUAUAUAUAUAGAUUGUCAUGUUAUGUAGAAAUAUAUAUGUGCAAAAUCGUACUUAAUUAAUUAUAACAUAGUUGCUAACAUUACAUUAUUAUUUCUGCUAAUAAAACAUCAUGCUUUACUUAUAUUUUGUUUCAUUUAUUUGAUUUUUGAACGCGAUAGACACAAGUAGGGCUAAUAUGGUCGGCUCUUUAUCAUUUGUCGCCAUGCCUGUCACGUUCUAACAAAUACGUAAGUGACGCAUGGCAUGA